AUGUAUGUGGCAUCAGAGAAGGUUUCGUGGUUUGAUCCCGCCCUGUUGACAUCGGAGCACGUGGCAUCCGAUAUCGAUGACUCUCUCGAGAUCAAGGAAGUUGUCAUGGAGGUGACACGCCGGCGCUUUGAAGAACAAACGCUUGCAGAUUGUGCACAGAACAGUAGAAGUGUACACGCUGCUGUUAGGGCGUUUUAUUGUGACGCGGAGAAGAAGGGUGUGGCGGCGGCAAUUCCAUCGAUUGGAUACCGCAUGGAACGCCCAGCAUGCCCCAUUGACCACAACGUGGAACCCUUUGCACACGUUGUUGUGGCUGGUGGAAUUUACGCCGUGGUGACGGAGCAAGUGCCACAACAUUUAUACUUUUUUGAUCAGGAGAAAGACAUUGCCAUCAGUCGCCUGAAGCUUGCAAGUGAUGCGAAGAUGUCAGAUGAAUCACCGGCUGCCGUAAAGUUUUUUAUCGAUGAAAAAGAUGCCGUCUCAGCGCUUUUUCUUGAUCCACGGGGGAACUUCUGUGUGGUGCGGUGGCGAUCAGGCAAGGCGGCAUACUACCACAUUCCUCACCGCCGUUGCCAUCGACGUCAUCAUACUGAGGGCUGGCCCACAGAAGGCAUGGAGGCUGGAGGGGAUGAAGAAAGGUCUGAGGAAGAUAUGACGCCCCGGCGAUUUCCGCUGCAGUUUUCUUCAAAUGUCACCGGCAUGUUACAACCAUUUUACCUGGAAUGCGUCGCGUGGGACCCCAAUAACAAGAGUGAUACGACAACAGGUGAUAUUAUUCUUGGCUCCAGCAGUGGUGGAGUCCUUCUUGCGUGCCGUUUGGAGACCCACGGCAUCUUUGAAGCCCGUAAAUUGUACCAAUUUCCACAACCAUACAGCACCCACCCUAUUGACAGCGUGGCGUACAUGGUAGAUUCACAAUCGCCUGAACACACACGUCACCAUGUGGUGUUUAUUGCUCAGAAUAGUCGUUUAUUUGUUUUUUCUUCGCUAUGGGGACAGGGUGGUAGACUUGAGGCCGCAUUUGAUACAAACCCAAUGAAUUGCAAGAACGUUGUGCCACGCUCCAAUUCUGCAACCUUAUACCCUGGUUUAUCGUUGUCAUGUGCUGGGUUGAGUGGCGGUAGUUUGAUGAAUUACAUCAGUAUCAACAAAGAGGCGUCUACGAAGACGAUGAUGACGACGACGGCGAAUAUUACUACUGCAACAACCACAAAUGCUGUCACCCCUUCCCCUGUUUUAUCUUCCUCUUCAAUUGGGUGCCGUCACAGGGCUCUCUCAAGCACCGUCGCUCAUGUAGACACGAAAGUCACACAUGCCUCUCCGGAUGCUUCGAUGCCGCGUCUUUUUUCACAAGUGGCUAUCCUGGAUCCCCGCGAGUUGAUUCCCACGAAGUCAUCAUCAUUACGUGUGCCGACAGCAGAAGGAGGAGGGGAAGCCAAUAAAGAUCAUGACGCCAAACGGAAUUCUGUACCCGGGGCUGACGCGGACAAACUUCCACAUGUUUUUUUUUGGCAGUACGGUGAUACUCUAACGCAUGGUGUUAUCAUGUUGACGGACCCAGUGAGUACAUUGACAGAGGAGGCUUCUUUAGCAGCGCUUUCGCCUUCUCUGCUGCAAAAAAACAAGGGAUUUGGUUCCUCGGCACUGCGGCCAACAGGUCUUCCGCCUCCACCUAAUGCGCGUUUGCCUUUGAACCUGUGGCAAAGUCUAUUGCCCAUUGGUAUUCUCAGCGUGGUGGAUCUUGGCCGGCUUCUGCGAGAAUUCUCUGCGCUUCUGCAGCCACAAAAAGGGGGCGCGACGCAAAGACCACCGAUGUUUCGUUUUAUGUCCGCCAGAAGAGAAAAAAAUUUGACAACCGAAAACUUACCACCACGACCUCUUGGAGUGGGUGACAUUGAGAGGCUCUUAUUAAUUCGCCACGGUGUGCAAUACGGAUGUGGGGGGCGUUUUAUUUUGCCCAGACUCCCGGCAAGUCGCUUGGCUGCAGGCGAGUUGAUUCUUCCAAAGGCGGUGGAGAUUCGAACGAGAGAGAAGGAGCCACAGAGCGCGGAGAGCCUUGUCUCCUUUGCGAUGGGGUAUGGCCACUUGUUGCUCACCACGACACGCGCCGUGUACGCCUUUUGUCACCUUGCGGCAUUGCCUUUGCCGCAGGAGUCAUUUCAAUGGAAGAAUUCCCUUGUAUUUACUCGGGGGCUUGCAACCCCAACAGUGGGAAACACAGCUGCAGGAGCUUGCGAGAAUCAUGCGAUGAUGGCAUUCUGUU